UAUAAAAAAAGAUCCUAUCCUCACAGUAUGAGGUACCUGUCGGUAGGGGUCCCAAUCAAAGAGCAUGUGCUGCACUGUGACCUCAAAAUGCUGACAGUACACAUACUGUACAUUUGGGACGCGUUCCAUACGACACAGGUAGUGCCUGGAGCACCAUUGAGUCACGUGACUCAGUGCCGUGAGCCGUUAAAACCUGGGUGA